AUGGCGGCGCCGCUCCUGGUGCUCUACGGCGACGGCUCCGCCGAGGCGCGCGGCGCCGGCGGCUGCCGCCUGCUGCUCUCCGCCUGCGGCGCCGAGUACCGGAGCGCGCCGGGCCCGGCGCGGCGGCAGCGGGUGCCCUUCGCCGUGCGCGGCCACCGGGAACAACUUCUGCAAGCUCUAGAUUUCCGGAACAGGUUUGCUGCUCGUCCUUACCUACCUUCGUCUGUUUUACCCCCAGAAAGGAAAAAAAUCCUUCUCAGGGAUAUCGUAGAGGUUCGAUGGCCUGACCCAGCUACCCUUGAUGUGGCAAUGUGUGUGAAUAGUGGCAGUGUGAAGAUCUCCUCCCUCGAUGGGUAUGCUCACCUUCACCUGUCAGAAUUGCAGCAGGAGUUUACAGUGGAGUUCUUAUGCAAAGUUAGUCAACCUGUAUCCCUACGCUCCUCUCAAAAGAACGGGAGUUAUCAAACCAAAAAUGAAUAUGGGCAGUCAAGGCAAAAUGAUUUUCCAGAAAUGUCAUCAAAACAAAUGCGGACAGAGACUAAGMAGGAUGAAUGUGGUUGUGCUGCAAGUAAAUACAGAGAACCAACCAAACCAAAGGACCAAAAAGGCAGAGGUGAAGAACCUUCUCUCCUGCCAAGUUGCUCUUCUGAGUACACAUGGGUUACACAGUGCUGCUCUGUUUCCUCRUGCCCAGAAGAAUGGAAAUACCCUUUGUCAUUGGCAUUAAUGUGCGCUAAGCUAUUCACUCUUAACAGUGAAAUGGAARCUUGUGAGGAAAAUGACCAUCCAUCAAGCAGAUCUGAUGUUUUAAAGAACUUUGGAACAUAUGAACCAGUUUCUUCUUUGCCUACAGCUUUGCCACUGAGCUGCUGCGCACCACAUUUACACAGGUGGAGUUUCUGUGACUACUUUCAAGAGAAGGAUGAAGACGGUGAAAGCCAUUCAUACCCUCAGCUGCUUCAAAUCGUAUGGUGCCAAGGUGUUCUUUACAGGUUUAUUCAUGGUAGUACCGAUGUUGCAGAAAUUUAUCCUGGUGAUGGCAGCUUUCUCAAAUCAGAAGGAGCAUUUUUGGGAAACUACUUCACACAUUAUGCARUUCAGAAAGGAACAAAAAAGAGAGAAGAAAAGAUGUAUUCGAUGAACAGUCUACCUCCUGAUGUACCAGGAAGUCCAUAUUCUAUAGCCUCUAUUAUUACACAGGCAACCAAAAUGCUUUGGUGCUGCUACAGGACUAAACUUUCAUUAACUCACAACUAUAGUCUCUGUUGCUGGAAAAUGAAACCUGAGACAGAUGGACGUGAAAUGUUGCCUUUUUUGCUGGCUGAAAAAGUUAUUCCUGGAAUAGGAAGAGUUGUUGUGUAUUCGGAUAAUAAAGUCCAUGCUACAUUUUGGGAUGGAAUGACCUUGAAUAUGGUCUGGGAUUUCACACCUGGCUCUAGAAGGAUCCAGGUAAAUGAAAAUGUAGGCUGGUGCAAAAUAACUACUUCUGGUGGGGUACAGCAGCUAAUCCAAAUGAGUCGUCCUGGAAUCUAUGAAAGGUACAUCAGAACUGUAAUAGAUUGGUGCAGAAAUCUGAAUGACAGGGAAGAGACUCCWGAAUCUAUGAUGUGCUCUGUAAAUGAAGAAAAUGGGUCUGUUGAUGCUGAGCUUGAAAAAAUACAGAGAUUUAACUUUGUGCUGGAGAGCAGCGCCGUGCUGCCGGGGAAGGAGCCCGCGGCCGCGCUCUGUGCGCGGGGCCGGGCGGGAAGCCGUGUCCGUGCCGGGCUGCGCAGCGUGGGCGCUUCCAGGGCUCGGCCCUGCCCCCGGAGCGGCGGCGGCUGCCGCCUUCAUCUGCGGGCGGCUCGCGCUCGUGCUCGCGCGGCGGCGGUUAGCGGGGCUGCCGCGCGAGCCUCGCUGCUCGGCUGGUGCUCGCUGCCGCUGCUGUGCCUCGUUUCCCUCCGCGUGAGAAACGGAGCGUUCCGCAACUUAGUGGUGUUUGGAUCCGUUCAGGGCUGCUACCUGCCUUCAGGGUGCUCGGUUCAACUCUUUGCCUGCUCCCAGAUACCUCCAAUCUCAAUCACUCGUUAA